AUGUCCGCGCAAAAAUAUUUGCUACCUCUGGUAGCGUUAAUCGCUACACAGGUGGCUGCUCAUGGAGGCCAUGAGGACGUGCCUCAGGGCGAGGCUGUUUCAGGCGAACCGAUCGAUACCACAUUAUGGCUACACAUGAUCUUGAUGACAGUAACAUUCGGCGUCCUCUUUCCAUUCGGCAUGGUUCUCGGGAUCAUCCGCUCUCGCUGGCAUGUUCCCGUACAAGUCGUGGCCACCGUCGUCGCAGUUCUCGCCUAUUUCAUGGGCCAUGCCCAUAAAGGCCGCCAAUUCGCAAAGAAUAUCCACGCCUCAUUCGCCAACGUCUUGAUGUUAAUGUUGAUUGUCCAAGUUGUGCUCGGUGUAUACUUGAGACUCCAUCUCGAAAAGGGUUUCCAGGGCCGGAUCCGUCGGUACUUUGUCAUUGCGCAUGGUGUGGUGGGAAAAGCGAUGCCGCUCGUUAGCUGGGCGCAAAUAUUGUUUGGUGGAAUUACCGCCAAUGGGUUCUGUCGUGACGACCACCUCGGACAGUGUCUUGCUCAUUUCAUUAUGGGAAGUGCGUUUAUUGCCUAUGGAAUUGUCAUGACGAUCUUGCUUCUCGUGGGACAAUUCUGGUUGAGACGCACGGGCCGAAGCCAGGAAUUCUUCGACUCGGCCAUCAUCGCUGUUUGGGGUUGUAUCAAUACUUUUACUGAGCAUCGCUGGGGCCAGCCUUGGGUUCACAAUGACUUGCAGCAUACGACCAUGGGUAUUGUGUGGUGGUGUGCGGGAUUAUUGGGCAUGUGGCUCAGUCGCAAGAGGAACGGUAGCCCCAAGCGCAACUUGAUUCCGGCCAUCGUCAUCCUGUUGACGGGAUAUGCCAUGUCGUCGCAUCCUCAGACUCUUAUGUUGAGCACAAUGGUCCAUUCAGUGUUUGGUUAUACCCUCAUGGCGGCUGGGUUGACUCGUAUCAUUGAGAUUUCAUUCGUGCUCAGAGAUCGACCAACUCUUAGCCCUGAUGGCUCGGAUCCUCAUAGCUUCCAAUAUCUUCCUCCAUUCCUCCUUUAUGCCUCCGGUUUCAUAUUCAUGGGCGCCACAGAAGAGCAGAUGCAACUCCUCAGCAACGCUGGGGUUAGCCACGUAUCGUACAUUCUAAUCUUGUACAGCGUUGCCUUUAUCCUCUUCCUGUUCGUCAACAUCCUCCUCCACAUUUAUGCAGUCCACGCCUUCCCCGAGUCAGCCACUACCACCACCGUCAACAACAACAACAACAACAACAACAACAACAACAACAACACCCACGACGAAGAUGGCUUCAUGCCAAAACUUCAUCGCGAAGAUUCUUCCUCAUCAUACACCGUCGUCAACAACGGCCAUCCUCGUUCCCGCGCAGAAGCGCAACAGAUUCAAGACGCAGAAGCCUUUGAGUUGGAGGGCCUGAUCUCAGAGGAUGAGCAUGAGGGACAUGAAACUUCUUCGGGCUCGAGGAGGAGGAAGGAAGUGGGUGGUGAUGACGAAGCACAUCUCGUUUCUCCCAGGUAA